AGAACCCGUCUUCUCACGCUGCACCUAGCACAUCAUCUGGACUCGAACGCCCUGCACCCCAUCCGUGGAACACACCUCUCACGACAUCCACGAUGGCGGGUCUGCUCGCGAGACAGCAGCAGAACACCGGCGAGGAGCUCAUUGAUGUAAUCGGAGCUGGUUUCAGCAACAUCUCUGGACAGUCUGCUCUUGCAAGUUUGAUCACAUCGGCCGUGCUCACGGCAGUCAUUGCAUUACUAUUCUGUUUCCUCCGGCCGUACAAUAGCGUCGUAUACGCCCCUCGAGCGAAGCACGCCGACAGCAAGCAUGCUCCACCUCCCGUUUCGAAAGGCCUGUUCGGCUGGCUCUCACCGCUUGUGAAGACGAAAGAGAAGGAUCUGGUGGAAAAGGUGGGAGUGGAUGCCGCGGUGUUCAUGCGAGUUGUCCGCAUGUUGAGGAACAUCUUCUCGAUUCUGGCAGUGGUCGGAUGUGGCAUCAUUAUCCCGAAUAACCUCCUGGGAUCGAAGCAGUCCAAGGUCGGGUCCCAGGUCGGCGCGAAUGGAUUCUUCAACCGCAUGACACCGCUGCUGCUAUAUGGACAGACGAGACUGUGGGCAUACGUCGUUGUCACGUAUCUUUUCACCGCGGUGAUAUUAUACUUUCUCUACAUCAAUUAUGUUCAGAUCACACGCAUGAGGAGGGAAUACUACAACAGUUCGGAUUAUCAGCACAGUCUGCACGCUCGUACGCUGCUAUUGACUGAUCUACCGAAGGAUCUCCGCUCAGACGAAGGGAUUGGACGCCUCGUGAACGAAGUGAGGGCUUCGGGCGAGCAGCCGCGGACGGCCAUUGCUAGAAAUGUGCGGGACCUGCCAGAGCUGGUUGAGGAGCACACAGAGACUGUGAAAGAGCUUGAAGAGCAUUUGGCCAAAUAUCUGAAGAACCCGGAUCGUCUUCCUCCGACUCGUCCUACUUGCAAGGUGCACAAGAACGACAAGGGAUAUGGCAGCGGAGCAAAGGGGCAGAAAGUGGACGCCAUCGAGUAUCUCACCGGAAGGAUUCGAGAGCUUGAAACACAAAUCCGUGAAGUUCGUCUGUCUGUCGACAAGCGCGAUGCCCUCCUUUACGGAUUCGCAUCGUAUCAGAGCAUUUCUGCUGCCCAUGUGACAGCUUAUGCGGCGAAAGGGAAGAAGUUCCACGGAGCCGAAGUCCAGCUGGCACCCAAACCCAGCGCUCUCGUCUGGAAGAAUCUCAAGAUGUCGCGUGGUCAGCGAAAGCGACAGAGCUUCGUGAACAGCCUAUGGAUUGGUGUGCUCAUUGUGGUCUGGACUGUGCCCAACCUGCUCAUUGCUGCGUUUCUGGCCAAUUUGUCCAACCUCGCCAUCUUCUGGCCGGCUUUCAAAAGAACAUACGAUACCCACUCCACGUGGUGGGCCAUCGUGCAGGGUGUGCUCGCUCCUGCACUCACCAUGUCAUUCUACUUCUACCUUCCGGCGAUUUUCCGGAAACUUCGCAUCAAGGCGGGCGACGUGAGCAAGACCAGCCGUGAGAGACAUGUGGCUCGAAGUCUAUACAAGUUCUUCGUCAUCAACAACCUCAUAGUUUUCUCGAUCUUUUCUUCCGUCUGGACGCUCAUCUGGACUAUUGUCCGGAAAGAGCAGACUAUCACCAGAAGCACUCCUUUGACGCAGGUCUUGACUGGAUUGUGCGGAGUGUCCUCGUACUGGAUCUGCUGGAUGUUGCAACGAAAUUUGGGCGCCGCCGUGGACUUGAGCCAGCUGUGGACGCUGAUCACCAACUCGUGGUCCCGCCGUUUCUCCUCACCUACUCCACGAAGCUUGAUCCAGCUGUCGGCUCCUCAGCCCAUGGACUAUGCCAGCUACUACAACUACUUCUUGUUCUACGCGACAGUUGCCAUUGCUUUCGCUCCAAUCCAUCCGUUGAUCCUCCCGGUGACGGCCUUUUAUUUCUGGAUGGACUCGUUCAUGAAGAAGUAUCUGCUUCUUUACGUUCUCAUCACCAAGUAUGAGUCUGGUGGUGUAUUUUGGCGGUCCAUCUUCAACCGCAUGCUCUUCCUCACUGUCUUCGGCAAUUUCGUCGUUGCGGUGGUCAUCCUGGCGCUUACUAUCGAUUUCAUUGAUGCACACUGGGCAAAGCUGGCUUGCCUGGCUCCCUUACCGCUGAUUGUUAUUGGUUUCAAGGUUUACUGCAAAUAUCGAUUCGACGACGAGUUCGACUACUAUGAGACGGGUAAGAAAUCGCGCGAUCAGGAACAGCACGCAGGGAAUGAGCUCAACAAGAGGACCAAGGGCGAUAGGAUGGCUGCUCGUUUCGGUCACCCUGCGCUGUACAGGCCGCUUAUCACGCCGAUGGUGUCUUCGAAGAGUCAGCAUCUGCUGAAGUCCAUCUACGGUGGCAGAACAUCACUAGAUGACGAUACUUCCACCGUUGCCGGUUACUCAGAUGUCUACUUGGACAAUAUGGACCCGCGCAAACCUGGCAGACGUUCAGGCAAGUCGAAUGAGCCUUUCGAGUUGGUCGACGAAAACAACCUCGACUUUGAGCAUUACAAGAACCGACCCGAGUUCCGAGACGAGGCCGGCGGAGAUGGCGAGCUGUAUGGCCACGCAGGCGACGUUGUACGCCCGGGCACACCAAGCAGCGCAAUCACAGGUUUCACCAGAGCCGGCACUCGCGAUGCCUCGGGCGACUCCGACCAUACACGAGUGGGAGACGGUGGCAUGGAGUACCCUCGCGGCUACCACCAGGCGCCCUCAAUGCUCCGCGACCACUCUCCAUCUGGUGACAUUGGCCAGUCGCACCGAGAGCCAGUUUCCCGCCGCGAAUUGCCACGGCGUGAGAGCCGCGAUAUGCUCAUGUCGAGCGCUGCGGGUAUGGGCUUCGGCCCGCCUGCUGCAGUAACGCCUGGUGGUUAUGGACCUGUGCGAUAUGGAAAUGUGCCUUCGGGCGAGAAUACGCCGGGCUAUGCAUCUGAAGAGGAUACGAGUUAUGAUUAUUUCCGGCGAGGGAGGACCGGACGAUAG